AUGAAGCCCUCCACUUGCCUCUUUGUCGCCUUACACUACCUGGGCUUGGCCUCUGCUGCGUCAAUUGCCAAGCCUGAUGAUAUUGUGCAGAAUCUCGAGACCCGCUAUUGCUUCAACCUUGGAGAGGUGUACGGCGAUGAAGAAGGCGAGGCCCUCGUCGUGGCCCGGAAAGCUUGCGAGAGUGACUUCCACGGCACCUGGAAAAGGACUGAAUACCGAAAACGAUGUUACAACCUCAGCCGUCACAAGCAUGUAACUUUUUUAGUCCACCUCUCAGACAAGAGUCCCGACCAUGUUAAGAACCUUACUAGUGAGGAGUGCUACCGCAGGCUCUCAGAUCAGAUCUCCGAAUGCCCGCAGGGGAGUCAUGUGUGGCACGGAGUCUGGCGCUACAAGCAAGCUCGAUCCUAUUCCGAAGAAAUGCCCAGGAUGGGAUGA